GCAACAUAUUUGGUUCCAAGCUUCUAAGAGAUCUCGCUUUUGCAAAGUGCCCCCAUGGGAUAUAUGCUUUCACUCAUUCUCUUGGCUCUUCUGGCUCACGCCACCUCUAUAUCAUGUCAAAAUAUACUUGAACAAAGGUUGAACAUAAUUAUCCUGGCAGGACAAAGCAACAUGGCGGGUCGUGGAGGCGUCGCUAAUCACAGCGUCAGGGGGAUUCCCACAUGGGAUGGCGAUGUUCCUCCACAAUGCCAACCUAACCCUUGGAUCUUCAAGCUAAGUGCGGACAUGGCAUGGGUUGAAGCCCGUGAGCCAAUCCAUGCUGACAUUGAUGCCAAGAAAACAAAUGGGAUUGGACCCGGAAUGGCAUUUGCCAAUGCUGUGUUGAGCAAGGACCCAAACUUUGGGUUGGUGGGAUUGGUGCCUUGCGCCAUUGGAGGGACCAAUUUAAGCCAAUGGCAGAAAGGGGGGUUCCUUUACGAACAGCUGGUGAAGAGGGCUCAAAUGGCGUUGCGGAGUGGGGGAGCAUAUAAAGCCAUGCUUUGGUAUCAAGGGGAGACUGAUACAAUAUAUAAACAAGAUGUUGAAUUGUAUCAAGGUAGAUUGAAGAGAUUUUUCAAUGAUUUGCGCUCUGAUCUGCAGGCUCCUAGGCUCCCAAUUUUCCAGGUGGUUCUAGCAUCAGGACAGGGACGUUACACAGAGGAAGUGAGAGAAGCCCAGUUAAAGAUAGAGCUUCCGAAUGUGGAAAACGUGGAUGCCAUGGGACUUCCACUGGAGCCAGAUGGGCUACAUCUCACCACUCCUGCACAGGUCAGACUGGGGGACAUGUUAGCCCAUGCUUUCCUUCACUUCCAGCCCAACCCACUCAACACCAACCAUUCUCCACCCAUUUUUGUUCCUUAUUUUUUCAUAAUUGCUCAAGUUUUUUGGAUGGUCAUUAGUUUCAGUUAGUGACAGGUUAUAGGUAUAUGGGAUAAUAGUGAAAAAGAAGACAUCAAAAUCUCAAAGAGUUUCAUAUUUUAUUUGGAAAAAAAUUCAAUUUCAAUUAGAUUAUUAUCUAAUUAAUUAACUGAAGCUAAAAAAUUAUUGUGAA